ACAAUUUGCAUGGUAUUUGGUUUGUUGAUAAUUCUCUUGGAUGGCACUCUCAUGAAAAUAUGAUUUGUAAAAUUUGUAAAGUCACAGGAAUAUUAAUGCACUUAAGGAAAAUCACAAACCAUUCAUUACGCCAUACUGCUAUUCAGAUCCUUACUAAAUUAAAUGUUGCUACCGAUCGUAUAAUGCCUUUUUUAGGACAUCGUACUCUUAAUGAUCGCAAUUCUUCUGAAUUCAACAAUAAUGAUAAGAAAGAAGAUCACAAUAAAGAAUAUUCUGGUAAUCAGAAAGAAAGCCACGAUAAAGAUUAUGGUAAUAAGGAAGAAAGUCACGAUGAUGGCAAUAAAAAUGAGGAUGCAAAUAAAAAAAAAAGAAUUCCCUUAGCUCUGUUACCAUUAAAUGUAGAAUCGAAUUCUCAUAAUUCUAGAAAAAGCACAAGCUCCGCAUUACAAGAAAGUAAUAAUAAAGAUCGUAACAAGCCUUUAAAUAAUAGUGUAAUGCCCCAAAUUAACAUUAAUAACUGUAAAAAUAUUAGUGUUAAUAUCACGAUUAAACAUUCUUAA